AUGGCGUUCAGGGGCCUGGUUGCGGGCUCCCUGCUCAGAAGGGUGGCCGCCAGUCUGUCCCCGCAGGGGGUGGCAGCAGCUGGCUGCGGCGGCAGCGUGCUGGAAUCUCUGCAGCAGCAGCACCCCAGCAGCGCACUGCCGGCAUGCUUCACGCUGCUGCGGCACUUUGUGGCGGCCCCGCCGGCUGGCGCUGCGGCCGAGGCCGCGCUGGCCGAGGCGCCACCAUCCCUGGAGGACCUGCUCCUUCCGGCCAUCCCGCUGGAGCAGCAGGAGCGACAGGGGCUGUACCGCGACCUCAUAGUGCCGCUGUAUGACCUCAGCCGGCAGCCGGUGGGCACCGUCACGCUAGGGGGCGACAUCUUUGAUGUGCCCAUCCGCCGCGACAUCCUGCACCGCGUCGUGCGCUGGCAGCUGGCCAAGCGGCAGCAGGGUACGCACAAGACCAAGACGAGGUCCGAGGUGCGCGGCGGCGGGCGCAAGCCGCGGCCGCAGAAGGGCAGCGGGCGCUCGCGGCAAGGCACCAUCCGAGCGCCGCAGUGGCGCGGUGGCGGCGUGGCGCAUGGCCCCGUGCCGCGGUCACACGAGCACGACCUGCCCAAGCGCGUGCGGCGGCUGGGCCUGCAGUGCGCGCUGUCGGCCAAGGCCUGGGAGCGGCGCCUGCUGGUGGUGGACAGCCUGCAGCCGGCGGAGCCCAAGACGAAAGUGAUGCUGGACAAUGUCGAUGCCUUGCUGGCGGAUGCGCCCCGCCGCUCGGUGCUGCUCUGCGACAGCAGCAAGCUUGGGGAGGAUGGCGGGGAGGUGCUGCGGCGCACGGCAGCCAACCUGCCCUGGGUGGACUGCAUCCCGCAGCAGGGCCUUAACGUCUACUCCAUCCUGCAGCGCGACUACCUUGUGCUCACCAAACGUGCGGUGGACCUGCUGAUGGAGCGGCUGCGGCGACCCAUCAAGCCGUGUAGCCCCACGCCGUGA